AUGUCUACAGGUGUAAGCGUGGGAUUAUUGCUUCUUAUGAUAGCAAUCACAAUCUACCUUGUCUACAAUUCAAAAUUAAGCAAACAAGAUCAAGCCAGAAUUGAAAAGUUCUUAGAUGACUACAAAGCUCUUAGGCCCAGAAGGUACUCCUAUGCUGACAUUAAGAGGAUCACAAAUCAGUUUAAUGAGAAAUUGGGUCAAGGAGGUUAUGGUAGUGUGUUCAAAGGGAAGCUUUCCAAUGAAAUUCUUGUCGCUGUUAAGGUCCUCAAUUACGCCAAGGGAAAUGGAGACGAAUUCAUUAAUGAAGUGAGCACAAUUGGUAGGAUUCACCAUGUUAAUGUGGUUCGCCUAGUGGGUUUCUGUGCAGAUGGGUUCAGGCGAGCUCUUGUUUAUGAGUUCCUCCCAAACGAAUCUUUAGAGAAAUUUAUCUUCUCAAAGAAUGCCAAUAACCCUUUUCUUAACUGGGAGAAACUUCAGAAAAUUGCAAUUGGUAUAGCCAGAGGGAUGGAAUAUCUCCAUCAGGGGUGUGAUCAACGUAUCCUUCACUUCGACAUCAAGCCCCAUAAUAUUUUACUAGACCAUAACUUUAACYCAAAGAUCUCUGAUUUUGGUUUGGCAAAGUUGUGCUCCAAGGAUAAAAGUAUUGUAUCCAUGACGGCUGCCAGAGGGACCAUGGGAUAUAUUGCACCCGAAGUGUUCUCUAGAAACUUUGGGAAUGUAUCCUAUAAAUCAGAUGUCUACAGUUUCGGAAUGUUAUUGCUUGAAAUGGUUGGAGGAAGAAAGAAUAUUGAUGCUACGGAAGAGAAAACUAGCCAGGUGUACUUCCCUGAAUGGGUUUAUAAUCAUCUUAGUCAAGGGGAGGAGAUGGAAAUUCGGGUGAUUGAAGAUGGAGAUGCUAAGAUAGCAAAAAAGCUAACAAUCGUAGCACUUUGGUGCAUUCAAUGGUACCCGGUCGAUCGUCCUUCAAUGAAUGUGGUUGUUCAAAUGUUAGAAGGAGAAGCGGAACGCUUAAUCAUGCCACCCAAUCCUUUUGCCUCAACCACUAAAGAGAACACUAAUGCAGUUAAUCCUAAAAUGCCUUUUCACAUAGGAUUAACAGUCAUUGAUGAAUGAUGGACUUCUUUUUAAAGCCUUUUCCAUGCCCAAGGUGCUUAACUUAAGCCAUGCAAAGCAUUUCAAAGUUUGUAAAUCGUGUGUUUUUUUCCUUCUAUUACAAAGUCUUGUAGUUGUUUAACAUGGACAUCAUUUUCUAAAUUUUCA